AUUAGUUUGGGCUUUGUUAGGAGACAGUCAAGAACCACAGUGUGUUUGAUCUUUAAACUGUCAAUAUGAUUGAGGCAUUUAAUGGACCUUGGACACUGGUUGACAGCCAGAACUUUGAUGAAUACAUGAAAGCAGUGGGCGCUUCUAUCAAACCCACAAUUGACAUCAGUCAAGUUGUCAUUAAGACGCUGACCACCGUCAACAAGAGAACGAUUUCUUUCAAACUGGGAGAGGAGUUUGAUGAAACCACAGCAGAUGACAAACAAGUAAAGUCCACGGUAACCUUGGAAGGAGAAAGUCUUGUUCACGUUCAGAGGUGGGACGACAAGGAGACAAAGAUUGUUAGAGAAAUCAAGGAUGAUAAAAUGAUUACUACCUUGAUCUUUGAGGGUGUUCAGGCUGUCUGCACAUAUGAAAAGGCAUAAUGUCAUAAUUACCCUGCAUUGUGACAUUGUGAUUUAUCUGAAUGUUGCAGAAUGUCAGUAAUGUUGGUAGAUGGUAUAAUUGAGGCCUGCCUUUCUGUCAAGUUGAAUGAAAUAAACACUUGAUCAAAAACUGA